AGGGCGAUGAUCUUUCAGUGGGUGUGGGUACUUCUCCACCUCGGCAUUUAAUAAUGAGACCCCAUUCAUUGGCUCAGCAGAAAGGGUCAUGCUCUUGAGAUGGCAAUCAUGUGCUUGCCAAACUGGUAAGCAGAGACAGCUCUCCAGUAUUCAUCAUGGUGCCGACAGACAAGUUGCACAUUACCUUUGACAUGGAGCACACACAUCUCAAGCAGUUUGAUCAAGCAUGACAAGCAGUUGCAGAAAAGACAGAGUACAUGUAGACCAGCAGCAUCAGACAACCAAAUCAGCCACUGAGUCUAGCAUGGGAGCCCCUAGUCAACUACUUCCGCUUCAUCUCAAGAGAUCUCGUCACUCACUCCUCCUCACCUUAGCUGCUCUACUACUGUUCUUUCUGUGGCUGAGAUGCAGAUAUUAUUCAGCUCACUCAGGAUGGUCAUUCAGACAGUUAGAUGUAACAGACCAUGGAGAAGUCAAUAAGAACUUAACGUUGGUGAUACUGUCACCACAGUUAGCUGACAUUGAGGGGGCAUAUUGUCUGGACGGAAGCCCGCCGUCGUACUACAUUCGCAAAGGUGCCUCUACACAGCGGUCUUGGAUUGUCGUCCUACAAGGUGGAGGAUGGUGCUGGAAUGUCUCAGAUUGUUACAACCGUAGCCUGUCGGGUCUAGGAUCAUCUUACCGACUGCCAAAGGAGGCAUCGUUUGAUGGGAUAAUGUCAGCCAAUGCCUCUGUCAAUCCUGAAUUCUAUGACUGGAAUAUGAUCAUGAUCAACUACUGCGAUGGUGCAUCAUUCUCAGGCAAUUUGGAAAAGCCUGUUAUGUACAACAGCACCAACAUGUACUUCCGAGGUUACCGUGUGCUGAACUUGGUCAUGGUUUACUUAUUAAAGAAGACUGGCUUGAAAGAAGCUGAACGGAUUAUACUGGGUGGGUUGUCUGCUGGUGGCUUGGCUGCUUCUCUACACAUUGACUUCAUCCGUAGCCUAGUCCCUCCUGAUAUCCCACUGCAUGGUAUCAUUGACGCAGGCUUCUUCUUAGAUGAGAGGAACAUCUCUGGAUAUGAACACUACGCAUUUCACAUGAAGAAGAUUUACAACAUGCAGAAUGCAUCAGGUAGUUUAAACAAAGCCUGCCUGGCAGCCAUGAGUCCCCAGGACAAGUGGAAGUGCUUCUUUGCUGAGUACACCUACCCUUACAUCAGCACCCCCCUCUUCAUUAUUAACUCCGCCUACGAUUACUGGCAGCAGUGGUUUAUACUGGAUCUCCGAUGUCACCCAAUUGAAUGUCCAGAUAAAUUGAAGUAUCUAACAAGGCACUACACCAUUUUCAUUCAUGAAAUCAAUCAAGUUUAUCAUCAUCCAGGCGAUGGAAUGUUUAUCAGCUCAUGUUAUGCACAUACCCAAGCUGUCCUAGACAAAACAUGGUCAACGUACGCAGUUGGUGGCAAGUCAACAAGAGAGGCGUUUAGUGACUGGUACUUUGCACGGACCACACCAGCCGAGUCAAGAUACGUUGAUUGCUACACCAAUUAUGAUUGUAAUCCGUCUUGUAAAGAGAGUUGGACAUUGGCCUUUUACAAGAACAAGACAGAUCACAUGAAAAACUCUACACCCGACUUCUGAGACUUCUGACAUGGGAUCCUCAAAGGGAAGUGCGGUACAUUCAUGUUUGUACUUGAUAUCGUUUUUAGGGAGAGCCACCAGAUAGUGAUUAAGUUCACUUUUGGCGAUCCUUCAGGGGUGUUAUCAAUAUUGUUUUGGGUUUUUUAUGCCCCGUGGCGAAGCCGAAGGGGCAUACUGUUUCCGCCUUGUCCUUCCGUGGGUGGG